AUCAACUCGACGUUUUUCAGAAGGAUGCACAAUAUUUGAAACAUAGUAAAUAUAUGUACAGCUACAGUGAUGAGUUACCAAUUGUACAGAAAUACGACUCUGGGGCACACUUUACAGGAGAGCUUAGACGAAUUGAUACAGUGUGGACAAAUUACUCCUCAGUUAGCACUGAAGGUUCUGCUACAGUUUGACAAAGCUAUCAAUACAGCCCUGGCUAACCGUGUCAAGAACAGAAUACAGCUCAAGGGAAAAUUGAACACCUACAGGUUUUGUGACAAUGUUUGGACAUUUGUGUUGAAUAACGUAGAUUUCCGAGAUGUUCAGGAGCUAGCCAAAUGUGAUAAAGUGAAGAUAGUGGCCUGUGAUGGAAAAAGUGCAUCUGGCCAUGAAUGAAUCAGAAGAGGCGUGUGAUUGGAGGAGUCACAACAUGUUGUAACUGUAGUUUCUGUUUGAACUUAUGUUCACCAUUGUAAGAGUUAUUGUAUGUACAUGAAUUUAAAAUGUGACAAAGUAUGUUAAUAAUGUAAACAUUCAUCAGCUCACCCAAAUUAAAGAUUUUUUGAGUUUUUCUGUCCAUUUUCCAUCCAUCUGUCUAUAAACUUUUCACAUGUGCUUUUUCUCCAGAAUCACAGGUCAGUUUCAUUACCACAAAGUAUUAGUACUAUGGGUAAAGGAUUCAAGUUUCUUCAAAUAAAAAUAUUAUGGCCAAUCCUAAAGGAGGGGGUGAAAUGAGAAGGGUUAUAUGAUCUGGAACCAAUGCAGUAAUGUGAUAAAACGCAUAUAUCUAUUUAAUUUUGAAUACUGAUUAACUUAGUGCCUGGAUUCUCAACAAUAUCUUUCUAGUGACAGGAAAAAAUGUUUGUCCAAAUUUCUGAAAGAAUUCAAGAUAUUUACAAAAAUUAGCAUUUUACCUAAAUCUGGGUAAAAUUGAAGUUGUAUCACUAUUAAUGUUUAUAUAGAUAAAUAUUUUGACUUGAUCUUUUUUAAUGAAAUAAAGCAAGAGAUAGACUUUUA